AAAGGAUCAACAUGAAUUUCGUCAAUUUGAUCAUCACAAGAGGAAUAUCGACCAGUUGCGUGAGAAACGGUAAACGCAACUUCAGGAAGUUCCAGUUGCCGAACAAGAGGGGCUCGAGACAGUUCAAGGAGGCCCGCAGGCUCGAUCCGAAUCCCGAUAUUCCCAUUGACAAAAGAGGCGUUAGAGAUACUGGAUACUAUUUAGAUGGUAAAUUCAUCCAUGUUCCUGAAAAAGUGCCGGAGCUCAUUGUUCCUGAUUUAACAGGCUUUAAACUUCAACCAUAUGUAUCAUACAGAACACCAGAUGUAGUCCAAACAGAAUUUACAGCUGAAGACUUAUUUAAUGUAGUAUAUGCUCCUAAGAUUGUUAAAGAUUUUAAUGAAGGAAAACUAGAUGCUGAUGGCAAUCCAUUGAAUCCAUCAGCUGAGGAGAAGUUAACUGCAGAAGAGGCAAAAAUUAAAGCUAGACAAACUGGAAGUGAUAUAUUUCAAUAGUUGCCUAUAGGUAGUUUUGUUAUUGUUCAAUUAAAUUUGUUGAAAUA